AUGUCGACUGGGAAUGGCGCCAACGGGGUCCGGAAGCCAGCCAUUCGCGCGCCCAAAGUCGGCCACAAGAAGUCGAGAAAAGGCUGUCAAACGUGCAAGACCCGCCGUGUAAAGUGUGACGAGGUUACACCAGAAUGCGGCAACUGCCAGAGGCUUGGCCUGGACUGUGUAUACGUGACACCGGAGUCAACACGUACUCGACCGAAAUCAAUGUCAGGCGAAGCACCAUCUCGACCCAUCAAAUUAUCACCCGGCGCCAUCUCAGAAGACAGUCCGCCAGACAGCAAUGGCGACCUUCCUUCCCAGCUAGUCUCGGCACCGCCAGCACCAGACCUGAUAUCCGAAGAGUCAGAGCAGAAGCGAUACAUGGAACUCCGUCUGCUGCACUACUGGAUGAUUCAAGUUUCACGGCCAUUUGGAAUGACUUCGCCCCCAGAAUGGAAGGAGCUAUGGUAUGGAGAGGUUCCACAAGUUGCCCUCGACCAUAAAAAUGUAUUAUAUGCAAUGUUCACAAUGACAGCGACGCAUAUGCUCGGCAGAGGUGCGAGAGACCCUGCUAUAUAUACCGCCAGAGAGAGUUACUGGAUCAUGGCGCUACGAGAACAGACUAGCGCAGUAUCAGACCUGGACAACUGCAACACAGAUGCAGUCGCUUUUUCCGCUCUGUUAAUCACCCUAAACUCUUUGGCCAUGCUGCAGGAGCGUAGCCUGGAGCCAUACUCCCCGCCUAUGGAUUGGUUAGAAGUUGGUCGAGGAGCUUUCACUGUUCUACCACCACCAGAGAACGUCGCCGACGGCACCGGCCUGAAGAUCCUCAUGGAGACGACUGCACCCAUCUGGCAAGCAGCCUACUCCCUAGAAGCCGACAUCAAAAAGGAAUUCGGCGGAGUCCUAAAUCGCGAGAUCCCUUCCGCCGACGUAUGGGACGAGGAAACGACAGAAAGCUACGAAACCGCUCUAAGCUACAUCGCCGCCUUCCGACGAGUGAUCCUGUCCGGCGAAGCAGCCGACAUCAAUCUGCGCUGGAUUUGUAUGUUCCCCUUCAUGGUUCCGAGGAAGUUCAUCGACUUUGUGGGCGAGAUGAGGCCGCGGGCUUUGGUUAUUCUGGCGUACUUCUUCGCUGUGAUUGCGCACACCGAUGCGUUGCAGUAUCUGGGUAACUCGGCGGAUAAUGCUACGGCGAAGCGGGAGAUUUAUGCUAUACGGAGGGUCUUGCCGGAGGAGUGGCUUAGUUAUAUGGCUUGGCCGCUGCAGGAGGUUGCUGUUGGAUGA